UUUAGGUAGGCAGCUAACAUUUGAUAGGACGUUGGUCUGGUCAUGUGGCCAAGGCGUGGUUUGGCUCAUGUGAGGUGGCUGUUGUCGGGCAGAAGAAGCUGCAGCUUGCUUUGGAGUGUGUCCGGCUAACUUAUUUGUUUUAAUAAUUUUAGAUAUGGAUGUCCACAAGCCCAGGAGCAGCAGCCAGACUUCACCUUCUCUGAAGUUGUCAAAUGGCUACAUUCUACCUGAGGGCAAACUGACUCCCAAUGCCCUCUUUGUUGGUGGGAUUGACAUGAAGGUGGAUGAAUGUGAAAUGCGGGACUUCUUCGCAAGAUAUGGUGCUGUUAAGGAAGUAAAAAUUAUCACAUACCGAGGAGGGAUCUGCAAAGGGUAUGGGUUUGUGUACUUUAAUGAAGAUGUCAACAUUCAGUCAAUCAUUGAACAACAAGUCAGUUUUAAGGGCCGGAAACUCAAGCUUGGCCCUGCCAUCAUGAAAGAAAGGAGCGCUCGGUCCAUGCCAUCCCGUCUGCUUGGCCCUGCUCCCUGGAUAAGCCCCACUCAGUACUUCUACUGCACCUGCUGCUCACCUGUGACCGGGGGUAUCCCACAACCCAUCGUCAGCGGAGGCAGCCCCUACAAUCAGCCAUAUUCUUACUCCAACUUUGGAGGGGUCAUGGUUCCACAGAUGCCCAUGAACUACGCGCAGAACCCCUACACUUACCAGUACACUCCAGCUCACUGGAUGACGGACCAGAGGACACGGCCUGUCAAUCAGAACUUUGUGGACUGUGGAGUCCAGACUAUGAUGACUGUGCUGUAGUCCACAUCUACUGAGCCCCCUGCCAGAUGAACGCUACAGUGGAUACAGUGAGUUAAAAUGCAGACAGGAUGACAUCUUGAUGUUCCGGACGGCUGGAAGCAACCCAACGCCUCACACUGUUUUCCUCAAUGCCCCCCUUCUCUCGUCCCUCCCCUCAAUUUUUGAGACCCAUUUUAACACUAGACAGCAGACUCUCCACUUAACCAGUUUGAUCACAAUCACUUUGACCACGACUGGUAGGGACAGCUGUCGUGUGGUCAAACAGCUUUUAACCCACAUGGAUCACAGUGACUUGCACAGAGGAAGAGCAAAGCACCCUCACCGUACCAGCUAAUACAUGGGCUCACAUUCCUAUUUUCUUUAUCUUUCUUUUGUUAGUUACUCCCCCUCCAAAAAGACUUUUAAGCUCACCCUUUGUGCCUAUUUAUAUUUUAUGUUUUAUUAUUUAUUUUUUGAAUUAUAAGUGUGUUUGGUUGUGGGUUUUUUAGCCUCUGCUUUGGCUCUCUGUACAUAAAAUGUACGUUUUAUAUAUAUAAAUAUAUUGUUACAAUGUCUUGACAGCAAUCUGGUCGUUUCAGGAUCUGGAGUAGAAUAAUACUUUAACGCCAGUUCAGGUUUAAUGCUCCUCUGAUUAAGAAAUUUCAUUAACUUGUCUACUGCACUUGGUCAUUCCAUUAAUUUCAAGCACUGGCAUUUAUUUUGUGGUCUGUUCUGUUUAAUUGGGUGUCGAUUGAGGCAGCAAAUGAACAGCAAUUUUGUCACAUUAUAGCACCUCAUCAGUAUCACUGAUUUCUCGUCUCGGUCAAACGGCAGACUUUUCGAGUAGAGUUCCACAGAGCAUUGUUGCAGCAAACUUAUCAUCUUUGUGCUGCGUUUCUCAACCAUCCCAUUCUGUUACUAGUGUUGUGCAAAUGGUUCCAGGGGUUUAAACUCAAGGACAAUCACGACAUCAAUUUGUUUCUCCCCAUUACUCCUCAAUAAACUUAUUUGGAUAAGAAGGUAGAAAACAGUUUUAAUCCACUUUGAAAAUUAAGGACAUGAUUUAAAGUAAGGUGGUCCUGGUUUCUUUUGGGUUCACUGUACAUGGUUCACUUUGUACUGGUUGUUUUAAUCAAAUCUCAGGUGAUUUUGCACAAGUAUUUUUGGCAUUGUAUGAGCGAACAAUUAUUUUAUAGACUUUUCAGUAAGUGCACUUUGUUUUCUGAUAACUUUAUACACUAAAAGAUGCACAUUUUUGUAUUUGGUGUACAUCACAGAUUUUCUUUCUCUUGACCCAGUUCUGCAUUGUUUUAUUGGGGCAUUGACCUCAGGGUCUCCUGUGUGCAGAUAUGUUGAUAGAUUUGUUUUGUUCAGAGAGCCUGGGCACUGCACUGUUAUGUUUGGUUAAUUGUUAGUGUUCCUGUUUUUCAGGGUUUGAAUGUUUGCAAAAAUAAAAGUUGAAAUAUGUUAUCAUUUAA